GCGGCAUUCACCUUAGUAACUCAUCACUUUACGCGUUUAUACGAAGGGAACAAUGGAUCAGUAUCAGAAGAUUGAGAAGAUUGGAGAGGGAACUUAUGGUGUCGUAUACAAGGCCUAUGAUAAGUUCAACAACAACCGCGUCGUAGCGCUGAAGAAGAUCCGUCUCGAGGCCGAGGAUGAGGGUGUUCCCUCAACUGCCAUCAGGGAAAUAUCUCUGCUGAAGGAGAUGAAGGAUGAGAACGUUGUCAACCUCCUCAACAUCGUCCACUCCGACCAAAAACUCUACCUCGUUUUCGAAUUCCUUGAUCUCGAUCUCAAGAAAUACAUGGAGUCUAUUCCUGCGAACCAGGGUCUCGGUGCCGAUAUGGUCAAGAGGUUCAUGUGGCAGCUCGUGUCUGGUGUCAAGUACUGUCACGCACACCGUAUUCUUCACCGCGAUCUGAAGCCCCAGAACUUGCUUAUCGACCGCGAUGGAAACCUGAAGUUGGCUGAUUUCGGUCUCGCACGAGCUUUCGGAGUGCCAUUGAGGGCAUACACCCACGAGGUCGUCACCCUGUGGUACCGUGCCCCGGAGAUCUUGCUCGGUGGUCGCCAGUACGCGACAGGAAUGGACAUGUGGUCUGUCGGUUGUAUCUUCGCUGAGAUGGUUACCCGUAAGCCGCUGUUUCCUGGCGACUCUGAAAUCGACGAGAUCUUCAAGAUCUUCAGACUCCUCGGCACGCCGAGCGAAGAGACAUGGCCCGGCGUCACCGGUCUUCCGGACUACAAGAGUACCUUCCCGCAGUGGAAUGGAACGCCUAUUUGUGACACUGUCCCGUUGGACGACGAUGGUCUGGAUUUGUUGAGUGCGUUAUUGGUGUACGACCCGGCAGAGAGAAUUAGUGCGAAGAAGGCGUUGGUGCACCCCUACUUUGGAGGUGAGGCUAUUGAGAGACAGAGGCUGUAAAGAAAACGUGUGGCGAGUGAGGCAGGAGAGAUAGAGGCAAGUUAGUCGGAUGGUCUGCAUUUGGGAACUCGGUGCUUGAGGUUGACAUACCUGCAGCUCAGCGCCCGUUACGUUCUCUUGGGUUUUGCUUUUGUUUUCAUGAAUGGGUCGGCUUGCUUUUUCUAUGUCGAAGAUAUCCUAUGUAAUACAGGUGCAUUGUUGUUUGAUAUUGGCGAGAGGGCAGUUGUCAGACAAGUCUCGUCAUCGUGGCCAAUUGGUAAUGUGCAAUUAACAUUGGAGGAGACAAGAGCUGCUGUCCGACUGCUAACUUACGAGGAAC